AUGCCCAACAACAAAAAGUCCAAUACUUUCACCGUUCCACGUACGAUUCAGACAAGGUCAACCACUUCGCGUGGCAUGGGUAAUACCAUUGCAAGGCAAAACCAAACUACAGCAUCGACUAGUUCGAGAGGCCGUAGACCCAAAGCUAAUACCCAACGUGCAAAUGCUACUUCUCCGCCAAGUCCCGCUCAAAGAACGACCAAAAGACAACGCGUGUUAAGUUUUGAUGAAAAACUUCAGCAAUGGUUUGAUCAAUAUAAAGAUCCCGAAGACGAGGAAGGUAGAAUUGGACAUCAAGGAUUUGAGCAAUGGAUGAAUGAUUUACGCGUUGAUAUGGACAGUGAAUAUCCUCUUUUGCUAUGUUGGAAACUAAGGGUCUCUACAAUGGGUUACGUAACAAAAGAAGAAUGGAUUUCGGGAUUUAAAAAAUGGGGGGUUGAAUCGAAUGAGCAGUUGAAGAUGAAGUUGCCAGAACUGAAUAACACGCUUACAUCUCCUGACUUGUUUAAAGACCUUUAUCGCUAUACAUUCGAUUAUGUCAAAGAUAAAAAUCAGAAAUGUAUUGAUGUUGAGGUUGCGAUAUACAUGUGGGAUCAAUUAUUUGCAAAAAGACCCACCCCUCAUGUAAAGGAAUUUAGCGAAUAUUUAAAGCAAGCGAAACAGCCAAAAGUUCUUACACGAGAUCAAUGGACCAACUUUCUAGAGUUUGUCAAUACAAUUGAUGAAACUCUUUCGAAUUAUGACUUAGAAUCAGCAUGGCCUUGCGUGUUUGACGAAUACGCAGAAUGGAGAAAAGCUAAAAAUGAUAAAACCCGUUAA